CUAUCUCAUAAGUGGUGGAGUACCUUUUAUUAUUUGUGGAGUAACUGCUGGAACCAACAUGAAAAACUAUGGGAAUGAAGAUAAUGCGCCUUACUGUUGGAUGGCUUGGGAGCCCAGCCUUGGUGCAUUCUAUGGUCCUGUUGCAUUAAUUGUUCUUGUCACCUGUAUUUAUUUCCUCUGCACCUAUGUGCAGCUGAAACGGCAUCCUGAGCGGAAGUAUGAAUUAAAGGAAAGGACAGAGGAGCAGCAGAGGCUGGCAGGUGCAGAAAUGGGUCACAGUCAUAUGGCUGAAGGUGGGCCAGUUGCCCAGGCAACCUGCUCCAUGAUUUCAUCGUCACUGCUGGAAAAUGAGCAUUCGUUCAAGGCUCAGCUCCGAGCUGCUGCAUUCACCCUUUUCCUUUUUACAGCAACCUGGACCUUUGGGGCUCUUGCUGUAUCGCAAGGGCAUUUCCUGGAUAUGAUCUUCAGCUGCCUGUAUGGAGCAUUCUGUGUAACUCUAGGGCUCUUCACCUUGAUUCAUCACUGUGCAAAACGAGACGAUGUUUGGCAUUGUUGGUGGUCCUGCUGUCCAUCCAAAAGGAAUGCAUACCCUGUGCCAGCCAACGCUCGGCAGAAAGUAAAUGUCAACGGAGAUGCCCAGGGGCAUGCAACCUGCAUACAGGAAUCACCAUGUCCUAAUAAAUCACCUAUGUACAAUCACCCUUCUGUGGCCCACUGCAAACUCACCAAUUUACAAGCUGCUCAGAAUCAUGUAAACUGCCUUUCCCCAGUCACGCCAUGCUGUGCAAAGAUUCACUGUGAACAGUUAAUGGAAGAUGAAGCUCACAUCCAUGUACAUAAUGAAGGUGCUUUCAGACCCAACAUGCACGUGCAUAGGUGUCUAAAGAGCAGAACUAAGCCACGCUACUUCAGUCGACAUAGGUCAGCCGCAGAAAGGGAGUAUGCGUAUCACAUUCCUUCUAGUAUUGAUGGAAGUAUCCACAGCUCGCACACAGACAGUCCACACAGUACACAUGAGGGCCACACAGGCCACCGACGGGGCUGUUGUGCUGCAAGUGAUUAUCCCACCAUCAGCCAACCGGAAAGCAGCGAUGCAAGUACUGCAAUAUUUAGUUGUGGCAAAAUGCCUGACUCAGAAACUGUGCACCAUACUCACUUUGAGAUGCAACCAAGGAGACAAUCAUUCCCUUUUAACACAACAAAUCCCAACGGGGUACCCAAGGGUAGCAUGCACGAAGCCAUGAUAUAUAGUUCCGAUAAUACAGGAAAUAUAAAAACAGGUCCUUGGAGAAACGAAACUACUGUGUAGUUCUGGGCCUUGCUCAUACAUUUCUCCCUGCGGUGGUAAAAA